CUUUUUCCCUUUUUUUUCAGUCAAUUCAUUCUAUAGCUUUUUCUUACGCACGAAGUUUCACUAGCUUCUGAAAUGACCGACCAAUCACUUCACAACCAACCUUCUCCCUAUUCCUAAAUCUUUCAGCCCAAUUUUUUCCUUCUCCCGUUGGAACCCGCAUGAUCGGAAUUGAUCUCCGGUUAUGACAACACGAGCUCAAGCUGCUGCGUCUGAGAAUGUACGGAGAUGCGACCGACAAUUUCCAAUAUUUCGCGUUCUUCAGCCGAAGGUCUUCUACUUUUGGAAUCAAAUUAAACAGAAGCGUGAGAACUGGUAGGCUUUCGCGUUGGUGUUGAGGAGCGAAGAUCGAUAACCCCUGGAAUGUCUUGAAUACAUGGCGGCCCGGCGAGAGAAAGCGAUGAGCAGCUCCGACGAUCAGCACGGCGGCGCUACGCGCGGCAUUCAGAUCUAAAAGUUGGCGGCAGCUCGCGGGUCGAGGAAGCAAGAGGGAUUGGACUUUUUGUACAGGAUUGGCUCUUGGGAAAGGGAGUUCCAGUUUCAAAGAGCUUGAAUCUUUACCAAAAAUCAAACCUAAUGUAACUGCAUCAACAUCCUCUGCUUCUACCGAGUCUGCAGUUCCAGAAGCUCGUGCUAAUGAUGCAUGGAGGAAACAUCAUUCGGACCCUUUGCUUUUGAUCCGGCAGAGAGAGUAAGAAACUCUUGCUCACGUCAACAAUAAUCUUGUCCGAAUGGCCGUGAUUAGGAAAUAUGUAAGACUGUAAGUCCUAAAUGGCUUGUAAUAAGAUGCAUAUGACAUGAGCUGCAUCUGUAAGUCCUGAAUUGCCGUAGCGUUUAAUAAACAUGAAUUAUGAUUGGGGUGCUUUUUGAUUGUUUAUCUGGGGUUUUAAAUGAUGCUUCAUUUCUGAAAUGCUUGUGAUUUUCAAUGGAUUAAGUCGAUUAUGUUAGAAAAUAAAAAAUGAUGAAGCCUUUUUUUUCCUCAUUUUUGUUGUAUUGGCUCAUAUAUAGAUCCAUCCUUGAAAUUGGUGUACUUGGUUAAUUUUAAUAUAUAAGUCUAUGUUUUUAUGCGUUGUCAUCCUCCUGUUAGCUCAUGUCUUCCACUGAAUAAAAUACUUUGAGAUUGAUUUAAUGAAAAUAGCUAAUGGCCUAAAUUUUCAGUAAUUGAUGUGCCUAGCCUGAGAGUAUUAUCAAAUAACUAUGUUUACGUGUAGUGCAGGAAUUGCAAGAAAUACUAGAUUCUGGAAAUCCACUGCCUUUCCCUGAUGGAAUCCUUAUAAACGGCCAGGGUCGACCUUCAUUCACUGAGAUUCAAGGCGCCAAACUGAAGCUUGUCGAGGUUGAAGGGUCCCAUGUGCUCUCGAGUAUCUAUGAUCUCGCGACAUUAACAUUGGCCAAUCUGUGACAAUCCUUCUCACCUUGGAUAUGUCACCAAAGGAUUAUUACAUGGUUGCAUCCACGCGAUUUACCCAAACAGUCCUUACAGCCACCAGCGUGUUGCACUACUCCAACUCCCGGGCUCCGGUUUUCGGGCCCAUCCCAGCUGGCCCGACUGUUUGAAUAUGGUCCAUGGACCAAGCUAGAUUCUACAGGUGGAAUCUGACCUCAAAUGCUGCUAGGCCUAACCCGCAAGGCUCAUUCCAUUACGAGAUGAGAAUGCGAACGAGGAUUCUUGUGCUGGCCAACUCAGCGUCCAUUAUUAACGGCAAGCAAAGAUAUGCCGUCAACGAAAUUUCUUACAUAAACCCCAACACCACCUUUAAGCUCGCAGAUUAUUACAACAUCCCGGGUGUUUUCACUGUAAACUCCAUCCAGCGCGCGCCACCUGGCAGUGGGCCCAGCCUGGGGACAUCCGUCUUGGGAGCCUCACUCCACGACUUCAUCGAGAUCGUGUUCCAGAACAAUCAGGACACAAUCCAGUCCUUCAGAAAAGGGCAGUGGACCCAAGCUAGCUGGCAGACUUACAAUUUUGAUGAUGCUUUGACCAGACACAUCACACAGGUAAUAGCAACUAUACAUGGUAAUUCGGGAUGGACUAGCGAAAUUGACCAGGCCCGCGAGCACGUACUUCGUGUUGUACUGGCCUCGAACGUGAUAUCCCAAAUUGUGGACUGCCAUAUUAGUGUCUUUAGACAACCAGGGCAUGUGGAAUGUGAGGUCGGCAAUGGGGACUGGGGAAGACAAUACCUCGGACAACAACUAUAUCUGAGAGUUUACAACCCGACACAACCUUUGCAAACGAGUACGACAUAUCAAACAAUGCACUGCUUUGCGGUAGAGCAGUCAGGCCGAAAAUAUAAUUAAUUUAGCUAAUAAUAUAUAUUACAUAAUGAUUAGUAUGUGAGGUGUUUCCAUCUAUCUAUGGAGAAUAUUUAUUUGUUGAGUUUUCUCAGUCAUGAGAGGUUGGCUGUUAUUUGCACAGGAAAAAUGUUGUUAAAAAACUUGCAAAAUUAAUUGUACUUUCAAACAAUUUUGCAGUUCAUUUGAUAUUAUUUCCAUAAUACAUUGCUUGAAAUGUGAUUGAGUUGUGGUUUUUACUUGGUGAUUGAAGUUUACUAGCUAAUAAAACCAACCUAUUGAACAUGAAUUUGUUCUGAGCCUGUAAAUACUAUUGUCUCCUAGAACACUGUUUCUU